CAGCGCGAGUGCAUCACCAUCCACCUCGGCCAGGCCGGCGUCCAGACCGGCAACGCCUGCUGGGAGCUCUUCUGCCUCGAGCACGGAAUCCAGCCCGACGGCCAGAUGCCCUCCGACAAGACCAUUGGAGGCGGCGACGAUGCGUUCAACACCUUCUUCUCCGAGACUGGCUCGGGCAAGCACGUGCCGCGCACCGUCUUCAUCGACCUCGAGCCGACCGUCAUCGGCGCCCCCUCCGCCUCCUCUCCCCCAACAGACGAGGUUCGCACGGGCACGUACCGCCAGCUCUAUCACCCGGAGCAGCUCAUCUCGGGCAAGGAGGACGCGGCCAACAACUACGCCCGUGGCCACUACACCGUCGGCAAGGAGAUCGUCGACCUGGUCCUCGAUCGCAUCCGCAAGCUGGCCGACAACUGCACCGGCCUGCAGGGCUUCUUCGCCUUCAACGCCAUCGGCGGCGGCACCGGCUCCGGCCUGGGCGCCCUCCUGCUCGACUACCUUCCUUGCCCUCUACCUCUGGGAUGGGAAGGAGUGAGCCUACCAGGUAGCCUUGAAACAACGGUUUCCGCACCGCCUCACGCAUCUGCUGAUGCGGCCCAAGCUUUGCCGCGUUAG